AUGCCAGAAGAAAGAAUCUAUUCUUCUGGACGAGAACCCUACUUCAACCUGAACUCAACAUGGUACGACCCAGCAGGAUCCUGGCUAGAUACUCGUCGUAAACCCUUCCGUUACGUUGAUAACACUGCCUGUGUGACGUGUUGCAAUCCCAGGAGCAACGUACCCCGAAGAGGGGGCCACAAUUACCGGUGCUACUGCUACUGCCCAUCCACUUGUACACCAGGAGGAAAUCCAAGAGUUAGAUGUUGUGUUCACAACCCUUCAGGAGGACCCCGAGAUUAUUGGGGGCGCCCAAUUGGAGAUGCCUGUGAUGGGUGUACUGGGGGACACUAUUCUCAUGCAUGCUCAGAUUGUGGGUCAUGCUGUGGAUCUGGAGGAGGGACCGUGGCUUGUGCUCAACCAUGUGCUACAUCUGGAGGAGUGUGUGCUGAACCAGGGUGCAGACCUGCCGGGAGAGGUGUAUGCGCAGAACCUUGCGUAACAUCUGGAAGGUGUGGUAGUGGAAGAGGAGUGUGUGCUGAACCAGGGUGCCAUCCUACCGGGAGAAGUGUAUGCGCAGAACCUUGCAUGACGUCUUCUGGAGGAUGUGGAACAGGAGUAUGUGCUGAACCAGCAUGUUCAGCUUCAGGAUAUGGUAGUAGAAGGAGAGGGGUGUGCUUUGAGCCAUGCGCAGGAACGUCAAGUGGAUGUUGA